AUAGACAUCACAUGGCCGGGCAAUUCACCCGUCGCACCGAUGGGAGUGCCAGAAAAGUUCAGUUUGAAAGUGAGUUUUCUGGAGGAACCGCCGUUUAUAAACUCGGUUCCGCCCAAUAACGAGACCGGAGAGUGUGAAGUGAGUCGUGCCGUACGCUGUCGGACAACCGAACCCAUAAGUGUCGGUAACAAGAGCUCGUCGGCCAGUCGUGUUCGGUACGGCUGUUGCGCCGGUUUUUGUAUCGAUUUAUUGCAAAAGUUUGCCGACGACUUGAAAUUCUCGUACGAAUUGAAUCGGGUAGAGGACGGGGCGUGGGGUGUACUCCGGAAUGGUUCGUGGAAUGGACUGAUAGCGGAUCUACUGAACCACAGGGCAGAUAUGGUCGCGACGUCCAUCAAAAUAAACUCGGAUCGACAGGCGUUCGUCGAUUUCACGGUCCCUUUCCUGGAGACGGGUAUCGCUAUAGUAGUGGCCAAACGAACCGGAAUUAUAUCUCCGAAAGCGUUUCUCGCCCAUAGUUAUAUAACAGCGCUUGUGAUAUACACUUAA